GGCAAAUGCGUCAAUCCACUUCCAUCUCCACACUCCCACUUCGCCGUCUCCGAUCCUCUCCGGCGCGGCGGCCGAAAUGCCGCAUCACCCCUCGCCGCUCCCGUACAAGCUCCUCGCUCGGCGCCGCGCGGUGGCCGCCUGCGCCGCCGUCGCGGUGCUCGCGGCAGCCGCGCUCUUGCUGGCCACCCCGGCCACCGACGACCCCACACGCCCCUACCUCGCCGGCUCCCUCCUCGAGAAGGAGCUGGUGGAGGACGCCGCUUCCAGGCGCUUCGUGGACGCCUCCUCGCCCUCUCCGGCCCAACCGCCGCUUCCUUCUUCCCUCCUCCUCGAGAAUAAUUUGCCAUCUAAGGUUACAGCAGCCACCUCCAUGUUGUUGGUCCCUUCACCUUCUCCAGCCGAAAACUUAGAUGAUGGUUCCAUGGAGGAAACUGAACCUCCAGAUUUGAAGGAAAAUACACACGCAGAAUCAGCCCCCUUUUCCAAGAGGUACAUAUCUGCACUGGAUAGACUCUUUAGCAAAUAUAACCUCUGGUUUUUAACCUGCUUACUUGUGAAGUCCAUUUCCAGUAGUUCUCCUAUAAGGAGGUUUGAAAUCAACAAAGGACAUGACAUGAAUGACCCUGCAAAGCUUCCCCCAAGGCCAGAGCAGGCGCCUGUACCUCUUUGGUCAACAGCAGCUGAUGAGGAGCUUAUAUAUGCAAAAAAAGGGAUCGCUAAUGCACCAUUGGUGUCCAAUGACCCUGAUCUACAUGCGCCUCUGUUCCAGAAUGUGUCUGUCUUUAGGAAGAGUUAUGAACUGAUGGAGAGGCUUCUUAAAGUUUUCAUAUACCAUGAUGGAGCAAAACCUAUUUUCCAUUCACCAGAAUUGAAAGGCAUUUAUGCAUCUGAGGGGUGGUUUAUGAAACUGAUGGAGGGGAACCAACAUUUUGUUGUGAGAGAUCCAAACAGAGCUCAUCUAUUCUAUCUCCCAUAUAGCUCUCGUCAGCUAGAGCACAAUCUUUAUGUGCCUGGGUCAAAUACAAUUGAGCCAUUGUCUAUCUUCAUAAAAGAAUAUAUAGAUUUUAUCUCCGCCAAGUUCCCCUAUUGGAAUAGGACAAAAGGAGCUGACCAUUUUUUUGUUGCUUGUCAUGACUGGGGACCAUACACUACCAAAUUGCAUGAUGAAUUGCGAAAAAACACCAUUAAAGCUUUAUGUAAUGCAGAUCUCUCAGAAGGAGUUUUCAUCCAUGGAAGAGAUGUAUCCCUUCCAGAAACAUUUCUUAGAUCACCAAGAAGACCAUUAAGAGGCAUUGGUGGAAAACCUGCUGCAGAUAGAUCUAUCCUAGCCUUCUUCGCAGGACAGAUGCAUGGACGAGUUCGACCUGUCCUCCUCCAAUACUGGGGAGGAAAAGAUGCAGACAUGAAAAUAUAUGACCGUCUGCCACACAGAAUCACUAGGAAGAUGAAUUAUGUUCAGCAUAUGAAGUCAAGUAAAUACUGUGUUUGUCCCAUGGGAUACGAGGUAAACAGUCCAAGAAUAGUUGAGGCAAUCUAUUAUGAGUGUGUUCCAGUGAUAAUUGCGGACAAUUUUGUGCUUCCAUUUGACGAUGCACUCAAUUGGAGCGCAUUUUCUGUGGUUGUACCAGAGAAGGAUGUACCAAAGCUGAAGCAGAUCCUAUUGGAAAUUCCUGAGGAUCGAUAUAUGGAUAUGCAGUUGAAUGUUAAACAGGUGCAGAAGCAUUUUCUAUGGCAUCCAAACCCCAUCAAGUAUGACAUCUUCCACAUGAUACUACAUUCAGUUUGGUCUAGCAGGGUAAAUCAUAUCCAAAUGGAGUAGCACUUGUCCCACUUGGCUCAUUCUUUUUUUGGCAUGGACCUGAUCAGCAGCAAGGAUUAUUAUGAUCUGGUUCGAAUUGUAGUAUGAUUUUGCAGCUUGUUCAUCCAAGAAGGCGCUGAAUUGAGAUCCUGACAUUAUUGCUCUAACAGAAGAAUCCUGACAUAUAUAGUUGAUAGCUGUGUGCUUUAGGAGCUUUCAUUUUUCACAUUGUUGAUUUUUAAUAUUUAAUCAGUUAAACAGAGUGUUUUGGGACCACAGCUGAAGAUAGGUAUUGUGCUGGCAGUACUGUGAAUCUUUUAUCUUUCUUUAUAUUUAUUUAAAAUAUUUCUCUUUGUAUUUGGUAGUGUCGAUUGCAAAUACUAAAUCAUCUUCUGUGUGUCUGAGAUGUUGAGAACCAGAAACACUGUAACUCCGUAAGGAGAUGAAUUGGUGAUAAAAAGAGGAUAAGAGAUAUGAAUA